AUGGAUGGAAGGUUAGUUGAAAUACUUGAAGAUCCCCAUACAUUUCACUUCAAACAAGAAUGGUUAGACUCUACUGAUACAGAAACCAGGACAUUGCUUGAGAUAUUUUCAUUUGGUACAAUAAAGGAUUUGACGGAUGAUCUUCGUAAAGAAAUGAGCCCAGCAAUGAUAGCGAAGCUUCAAAAAUUAACCAUUAUCUCCCUUAGUGAGCAAUGCAGAGUACUUACAUAUGAAACAAUUGCAAACGAAUGUCUCAUUGAUAAUAUGAAUGAUGUUGAGAAUUUCCUAAUCCAGCUUCAAGGUUUCUUUAGGGUCAGACUAGAUUCUGUCGAACGAGUGGCCAAGAUAACAGACUGGUUUGAUUGUAGAGAUGUAUAUGCCAAUGAGCGCGACUUGUAUAGAGUCCAUAAUCUUCAAAUCAGUAAAGAGAGCUUGAUCCAAGACUUAAAAAAGUGGAAAUCAAAAUUGACACAAGAUAUUCUGGGUUAA